GCCUAGAUCAUCCAGUCAGUCUGACCUCGACUCAGUUGCCAACAUUCCAUCAAUCCCAUAUCCUUGCUGUUGCCUGGACCAAAGCCUCGUCCUCUCACGCACCCUCCGUCUUAUCAGUCAGGGAUAUCGGCAUUCUAUUUGUGUCCGACGAGGGAGGACUAGAGCAAUACUCGUCGGCUUCAUCCAGUAUUCAUCGCCACCCGGUUUAAACAAUGCAGUACGUGCCUUUCGCCUCGGACAUUGAGAUCCCAUUUUACGCCUCUUUGGCAUCGCACAAGAUCAACCAUGACAAGCUCGACGACUCGGCCCGGAAGCUGUUGGGUCUCUAUGAGAUCCGGCCUGCCGACAACAAGGAGCAUUCCUGCCGCAUGCAAAUCCAUGCCAAUGCACUGACGAGCGAUGAAGUCCCCGCCGGCUUCUACCGCGCCGAGGGUAUGAUCAAGAACGUCAACACGAUCGAGGAGUAUCGCAACAUCGACAAGCUGGCCAUGAUUCAGCAGGCCGGCAAGACCAUUUGGGAUGCCAUCAACGACGGCACCAUCUACUCGUGCCCCAGCCUCCUGGCCUCCUUCCUAGUCCUCAGUUUCGCAGAUCUCAAAAAGUACAAGUUCAAUUACUGGUUUGCGUUCCCCGCUCUGGUCAUGGAUCCGCCCUGGGUUCCGGUGGCCAGUCCUGGAAGCCUUGCGAGUCCAGAGACCGGCAUUCCUUACCGGAAACUGUCCUCGAUCGAGAGCACGAAUCUGGUGGAUCAUGUCCAGACCUGGAAAUAUACUGUGGACACGAGGCAGCAUGGAUUUUUCCUUGUCAAAAGGACACGGGAUGGUCUUCUGGCGCCCAGUCCAAGCAAUCCCGCCGACGAAGACCUUGGGCCCACUUCUCCGCAGUCGCCUCUGACCCCGUCGUCAAGUCUCGGCUACACGUGGCAGGUGUCUUCUCUGUCAAGCUUUGACACGGGCUUCUUUGAUGGUACUGAUCCUGAAGACUGUUUUGUCGGGUUUGCCGACCCUUCCAACUAUGCUGAGCCGGGUCCAGUGGCGCCAGGAUGGAUGCUACGGAACCUCCUGGUCCUGGUGCGACAACGGUGGAAACUCGACAAGAUCCAAAUCCUUUGCUACCGUGAGACGCAAGCGCGACGAGACGCCGCGCGGAGCGUCAUCCUUAACAUGGAGAUAUCCAAGCAAUCGUCCAAAUCCAACAAUACAGGCAACGCUGCGCAACAACCAGACUAUUCCCAAACCAUGCCCAAAGUCGUGGGCUGGGAACGCAACGCCCUGAACAAACUCACCGGCCGCGUUGCCGACCUCACUGAAUACAUGGACCCGACCAAACUCGCCGACUCCUCCGUCGACCUCAACCUGAAACUGAUGAAAUGGCGGAUCUCGCCCAACUUGAACCUCGAGAAGAUCAAGGAGACGAAAUGUCUCCUGCUCGGCGCCGGCACGCUUGGGUCGUACGUCUCGAGAAACCUGAUGGGAUGGGGAGUCCGACAUAUCACGUUCGUGGACAAUGGGAGUGUCUCGUUUUCGAACCCCGUGAGACAGCCGCUGUUUACGUUCCAGGACUGUCUCGACGGAGGCAAGAAGAAAGCCACUGCUGCAGCCGAGGCCUUGAAGACCGUCUACCCGGGCGUUCAGUCCCGGGGCCACGUGUUGAGCGUUCCCAUGGCAGGACACCCGAUCACGGACCUCGAGAAGACGAAGGCGGAGUACGACACGUUAAAGCAGCUGGUGGAUGAACACGACGCGAUCUUCCUGCUGAUGGACACAAGGGAGUCGAGAUGGCUGCCGACCGUCAUGGGGAAGGCGAAGGGCAAGAUCGUCAUGAACGCCGCGCUGGGGUUCGACACGUACGUGGUCAUGAGGCACGGCGUCAGGCCCGCGCCCACCCUGCCCGGCACGCAGCGCGAGGAGGCCCAGAAGAAGCGGGACCAAGGGCAGCUGGAGGAACUGGGCUGCUACUUCUGCAACGACGUCGUCGCGCCCGCCGACUCGAUGAAGGACCUGACCCUGGACCAGCAGUGCACCGUGACGCGGCCGGGCAUCGCGGCCAUCGCCUCGGCCCUGCUGGUCGAGCUCUUCGUGUCCAUCGUCCAGCAUGCGCGUGGGGCCGCCGCGCCGGCCUCCCUCAACGCCGCCGCCGCCGCCAACGACGAUAGCAGGGGCGACCACCCGCUCGGCCUGGUCCCGCACCAGGUCCGCGGCUUCCUGGCCACCUUCUCCAACAUGAACAUCACGGGCACCGCCUACACGUACUGCAGCGCCUGUUCCGACAAGGUCCUCGACGCGUACGAGGCCGACGACUGGGGCUUUGUCCAGAGGGCCCUCAAUGAGAAGGGCUACGUCGAGGAUGUCAGUGGGUUGAAGGAGGUGCAGAGGCUGGCCGAGGAGGCUGCGAAGGAUAUCGAGUUUAGCGAGGAAGAAGGCGUCGAGGGCGCCGAGGAUGAGGAGGGGGAAUUGAUUUGAGCCACUACCAGCUACUAGGUAGCUAGCUAUGUUAACACCUCCCGGAGGUACAACUGUUAUACCGCAUCGGAGGGUUGUCAAGGGCGAUGGUAAGCAGCCUUCCAUCACCGGUCAUAUAGAUAUAGUCGCAACAAAUAUAUCCCUGUUUUCUG